UUUAAGCUGGCUCAAAAAUCAUUCCUAUUCCAACCUGCACUACGGUCAUACCGAUUUCCUGCAACAAAACCUCGAAUCUGUUUUCAGAAAGAAGGAAACCAGGAAAUGUAUAGGAAAUGAAAAAUGAUGAUAGACAAAGGGAAAGUAAUUUACAUGGCGUACAGAGCUGUAAGUUACAGUUUAUCUCCAUUUAUUUACAUUCAUCUUCAAUGGCGGAGGUUUAGAGGUCUUGAACAUCCUAUUAGAUGGCGUGAACGAUUAGGCCAUCCUUCAAUUAAUCGUCCUCCUGGUCCUUUUCUCUGGUUUCACGCUGUCUCAUUAGGUGAAGGAUUAGCUGCAAUUCCAGUGAUUAGACGUUGUAUUCAACAAAAGCCCAAUCUUACAAUUUUGAUGACAACCACUACUACUUCUGCUUUUGAAGUCAUUAAGGAUAGGUUACCGAAUGAUGUCUUGUAUCAGUAUGCUCCCCUUGAUACUCCUUCUGCAAUGGAUGAUUUCCUUGACUAUUGGAACCCUGUCGCAGUCAUGCUGAUGGAAAGUGAACUAUGGCCAAAUCUUGUUUUUGGUGCUACAAAAAAAGGAAUUACUAUGGCAUUGUUAAAUGCUCGGAUGUCUUCCAAAUCCUUCCACCGUUGGUCUACACCAAUAGUGUUUCCGUUGAUUUCAUCGAUGCUCUCGAAGUUUUCUUUGAUUGCUCCACUGAGCAAUGUAGAGGCAAUCCGCUAUCAGCUGUUGCAGGCUCCACCUUUCAUUAUUAACUUUGCUGGUGACUUGAAAUAUGCUGUUAAUAAUGUUGAUAUUUCAAUGCAAGACAAUACAUGCUUAGAAGAUCUACAAUUACGGCUCGGCAAUAGGCCUGUUUGGAUGGCUUCUUCUAUACACAAGGGUGAAGAUGAAGUCGUGGUAGGGGUUCACAGAGCAUUAAUGCAAGUGUACCCUAAUGUGAUUACCAUUAUUGUUCCACGCCAUCCUCAGCUAGGACAACAGAUGGCCCUAGAACUCCGGAAGGAUGGGUUCAAUGUUGUGCUAAGGUCUUGUAAGGAAAAGAUUUUACCCAGCACAAAUUUCUACAUAGUGGACACAUUAGGUUCGUUUACCUACGUAUUUGUGCAUCUGGGUUUCAACCUACUGCUUUCUCUUAAAUUUAGGGCUCACUGCCUUGAUUUUCCAAUUUGGGGUGAACUAAGAAGCUUGUAUAGGAUCAUUCCAGUAGCUGUAAUUGGAGGUUCUUUCUUGCCUGGUUUAGCUGGUCAUAACGUAUCCGAGGCAGCUGCAGCUGGGUGUGCUGUCUUGACUGGCCGUUAUGUUGGUCACUUCUCUCGUAUGAUCCUGGAAAUGCAACAAAUAAAUCCUUUAUCGGUAAUGCAGACGGACCUGUUGAAAAAGCUUCUUGAGCUAUUUAGUAACGCCAAUACUUUAGAGACUCAUCGUAUGGCUGCAAAACAAGCAUUUCAUGCUCUUUCAAACGGGGUUGUCUCAAAUAUCUGGAAUCUCCUUAAUAUUCAUGUUAUACAAAAGGCACUUCCUCCAGAAAUUAAGUAAUCCACGAUCAUUAAAUAUUCUAGGAAAUUUACUAAUAGUACUAGAUUCGGAGUUGUUGUGUGUUAGUAUUACCUCCUCCUUCCCCCUAUUUUUUUCCAGAAGUUGCAAGGUUACAAUUACAUGGUGCUGGUAACCAAUGUAGCUUUUAAAAAUGUAAAAAGUUUAAAGUGAACUUGUUGCGUUCCAGAGAGACGCAGUACAAUUAUCCUUUCACCAAAAGAACAAAGAAAAAGAAAAAAGAUAGCUGCACUUUUUGUUUUA